AUGGCCUUCUCCGCCAAGGUCCUUGCACUCCUCGUGCCCUGCUACCUGCAGUGGUGCGCCGCCGCCGCACCACAGCUUACGUCCAUCCCUACAAGGCUUCCGUCCAUCCCUACUCGGUCCGCGGACAACGCUCUCGCGCUCGAGGCUCAAGCCAUGGUCACCGGCUUGCCUGAUUAUUGGGCACCGACGGAAACCAACAGCGACGGCUUGCCAGUCCUCACUAUCAACCGUACCGCGGUCAGCACCGCCACCCUGACGGGUCAAGCGGUUGCCGAAGCAAUCCCAACCGCUGCGAUGGCCGGUGGACGAGAUUUCGAUGAUUUCUUCAAACCAGAACCGGAACCUGUUUACGUCGUCCCAGGCUCCGGUCCCAAUGACUCUCCCAGCAUCGUCGUCGGCAACCCGGUCAAAAGGAACGCAGACAAGCCAACAUGCACAGAGCUUGUCGAGGAGUGCCGGCGUAGUGGCCGGUGGGACUGCGGAUGGGAAUGGCUGGACCCCGCCAACUGCGACCCAAUCGUUAGCUACCAAGAAACUGGAGUAGCUCUGCUGAAUGCCAACGCCAUUCCCGCCAGGAACGACACGAUCAAGGUCGAUUGUAACGAUUAUUGUGCAGACUGGCUGGUGAAAUGCGUCAAGAAGGAAGAUCAGAGCCUCAACAACUAUGGCUGUGUCUGCACGUAUAUGCUCUAG